GGAGGAGAGCAGAAGGGGGGUAGUCAUUUAUGCAGAGAGGGAGAGGGAGAGAGAUCUGCCUUUUUCACUCACACUCCACAUUCAUAUACUAAGAUAGACUGUAAGGGGAAAACACAGAGAGGUAAAAGGACCGUGUGAAUUGUCAGCACUUUCACCCUGUCAUAGUGUAUCCCAAACAAGACCCAGGACUGAAGAGGAGGAUCAGAAGGAAGAAGGACAUCCAGAUUAGCACUUGGCAGCAGGAGACUAGAGUCAAAGUGCAGGGUAAUCCUAAGUGAGAUCACAGAAAGGGGGGUCAUAGAAGUCCCUUAUCCAGCUCCUGGGAAGAUUGUUAGUGUCUGCUUGGCUUCUGUUGAAUGUACACAGUUGUGGAGCGUGUCCUCACCUGUCUGAGUUUGUUCUCCCCUCUUCGAGGAGCAGGGGACCUUGUUUCAAGGGACAGCAGAGCAUAUCAUGGCUUUUAAGUUGCUGUCUGCUGGGUCUCUGCUCUUCGUCCUGACUGUGCUGCUGGGAAUCCUUUUACCUACAUGCAGGGCACGCAUAUACACCAACCACUGGGCUGUGAGGAUAUCAGGGGGAGCCCAAGAAGCGGACAGGAUAGCUAGAAAAUACGGCUACAUCAACAUGGGAAAGAUUGGGGCACUGCAGGAUUACUACCACUUUUACCACAGUAAAACGAUCAAGAGGUCGGUCUUGUCAAGCCAAGGAACGCACAACUUCAUCUCAAUGGAACCAAAGGUGGAGUGGAUAGAACAGCAGGUGGUUAAAAAAAGGACGAAGAGGGAUUAUAAAGUUACUAAUAUGCAUUCUGCCUAUUUCAAUGAUCCCAAGUGGCCAAGCAUGUGGUAUAUUCACUGCAGUGACAAUGCCCAUCACUGUCAGUCAGACAUGAACGUCGUAGGCGCUUGGAAAAGAGGAUACACUGGAAAAAAUGUGGUAGUUACUAUUCUAGAUGACGGGAUUGAAAGAAAUCACCCUGACUUGAUGCAAAAUUAUGAUCCUCUGGCCAGUACUGAUAUCAAUGGCAAUGACUAUGAUCCUAUGCCUAGAUAUGAUGCAAGCAAUGAGAACAAGCAUGGAACGCGCUGUGCAGGGGAAGUAGCGGCGACGGCAAAUAAUUCCCACUGUACAGUAGGAAUAGCUUUUAAUGCCAGGAUUGGAGGAGUGCGCAUGUUGGAUGGAGAUGUAACAGACAUGGUGGAAGCCAAAUCUCUCAGUCUGAACCCACAACAUGUACAUAUCUACAGUGCAAGCUGGGGUCCAGAUGAUGAUGGCAAAACAGUGGAUGGUCCAGCAUCUCUUGCCCGUGACGCCUUUGAAAAUGGCAUUAGAACUGGAAGAAGAGGAUAUGGUUCAAUCUUUGUCUGGGCAUCUGGUAAUGGUGGCAGAAGCCGAGAUCACUGCUCAUGUGAUGGCUAUACCAAUAGUAUCUACACAAUCUCAAUUAGUAGUACAACAGAAAGUGGCAAGAAACCAUGGUAUCUGGAAGAAUGUGCCUCAACCUUGGCAACGACAUACAGCAGCGGAGAGUCAUACGACAGAAAAGUGAUUACCACAGAUCUCCGGCAGCGUUGUACAGACAGUCACACUGGAACCUCAGCAUCAGCUCCAAUGGCCGCGGGAAUCAUAGCUCUUGCACUAGAAGCAAACCCAUUCUUAACCUGGAGAGAUGUACAGCAUAUCAUUGUUAGGACGUCUCGCCAAAGACACUUAAAUGCGCCAGAUUGGAAGACUAAUGCUGCAGGCCACAAAGUAAGCCACCUGUAUGGCUUUGGCCUGAUGGAUGCUGAAGCCAUGGUAGUUGAAGCAGAGAAAUGGACGACAGUCCCUGCACAGCACAUUUGCGUGGAGAACACUGACCGGCAGAUCAAGACAAUUCGCCCAGACAAUGUGGUUCGUUCAGCGUACAAAGCCACAGGCUGUGCUGACAACUCCAAUCACCAUGUUAUUUACUUGGAGCAUGUGGUUGUACGGAUCACAAUUACACACCCACGCAGAGGAGACCUGGCUGUCUAUCUGACUUCUCCUUCAGGCACCAGAUCACAGCUACUGGCUAACAGAUUGUUUGACCAUUCCAUGGAAGGAUUUAAGAAUUGGGAGUUUAUGACUACACACUGUUGGGGAGAAAAAGCCUCAGGAGACUGGAUACUGGAAAUUUAUGAUACACCAUCCCAACUGAGGAACUUCAAGACUCCAGGAAAAUUAAAGGAGUGGUCUUUAGUAUUGUAUGGCACGUCUAUUCAGCCAUACUCCCCAAGGAAUGAUGUUCCUAAAGUAGAAAGGGUUCGUUCUAGCCCUGUGGAGGAGCCAUCAGAAGAAUACAAUAUUGAUGACUACUCAGGUCCGUGUAAUGCAGAAUGCAGUGAUAUAGGCUGUGACGGACCUGGACCCCAUCACUGCAAUGACUGUCUACAUUUUUAUUAUAAAGCUAAAAACAACACACGGAUUUGUGUGUCAGAAUGUCCCCCAGGAUACUACUUUGCAGACAAGAAGAGAUGUAAAAAAUGUUACUCAACAUGUGAAAUGUGUGUAGGAAGUCGCAGUGACCAAUGCACGGCUUGUAAACCUGGGUACUACUUAAAUGAAGAGACCAACAGCUGUAUCGCAAAUUGCCCAGAUGGCUUCUACUUGAAUGAGAAUAAGAACCUUUGUCGAAAAUGUCACGAGAACUGCAAGACGUGCUCUUCUGCUGACAACUGUACAGAAUGCAGACAUGGCCUGAGUUUGCAGGGAUCUCGGUGUGCCAUCAAUUGUGAAGAUGGGAAACAUUACAGUCCGGGGAAGAAAGAAUGUGAGCCCUGUCACAGGUCAUGUGCCACUUGCUCCGGGCCAGGAAUAGACAACUGUUUAAACUGUGCAAAAGAAAUGUUAUUUGAAGAAGGUCGUUGUGUCCUAUCGUGUGACUCUGAAUAUUAUUUGGCGCCACCCAAGGCCAAUGGUUACAAAGCCUGCAAACGGUGUGAUGGCAGCUGUGUCACAUGCUCCGGCCCAGGAGAGAGGGACUGUACAAGCUGUCCAGAUGGCUAUUUGCUAGAUGGCAACACCUGUUUGGUGGGGGCAGUCUGUAAAGAUGCAACGGAAGAAGCGUGGGCUGAGGGUGGCUUCUGUAUGCUAGUGAAAAAGAACAAUCUGUGCAUAAGGAAAGUACUUCAGCAACUCUGCUGCAGAACAUGUACACUCAAGGGGUGAUUUAAGUGCUGCAGAGGCAUCCACUUAUUAGACUUCUAGAUUUUUCAUAUUAAUAAUAAAAAGCCACCUCUUUUCCUCACUCUCUUUUGCCCUCACCCCCCUCCGGUGGGGGGAAAUAGUGAACUGUUUUUUUGGAACUUCAAAGAAACAAACUACAACAAACCUACCUUGUAUUACUGGGUGUUUACUUACAAGCACCCGGAUCCACAGUCAGUAUUCUGUGACCAAAGCAUUGAUGCCAAAAUAAAGAGUCAGCUAAUGAUGUGAUAUCAGCUUAAA